AUGCAUACUGCAGAGUUGUUUAAUUUGAGUACACUGGAAGAAUUGUUUCUAGACAGAUCUAGCCUCCACAAAGAUUUUCUCCAAACUCAUGUUGGAUCUAACACUUCUCUCAAAGUUCUUCAUUUGAAUUACUGUGGUCUCAAAGGCACCCUAUCCGAUCGAGGUAAAAAAAUCUCUCAUCAACUAUGUAUAUUUAUCAACAACAAGAAUGAAAUUCAUUUCUCAAAUUAUGAUUCAAUAACAGGCUGGUGUGACUUGAAAAACUUGGAGGAUCUUGAUCUUGGUUACAAUGAACUCGAAGGAGCACUUCCACCAUGUAUGGCAAACUUGUCAUCCAUUCGUAUUUUGGAUCUCUCAUAUAAUCACUUUCAAAUAAGCCUCAGGCCAUUCGCAAACCACUUAAGUCUAAAACAUUUUUGGGCUGAUGGUAACGAGUUGAUUGACGAAGCAGCCUCUCAACCUUGGACACCUAAAUUCCAACUAGAGGAAUUGCAGUUGUCAAAUUGCAUACCAAAGAAUUCAAAUGCAAGUUUUCCCAACUUCUUAUACCAUCAAUUCAACUUGAGAUAUAUUGACCUAUCCAAUUCAAAGUUUGGCGGAGCAUUCCCCAGUUGGUUGUUUGAGAACAACACAAGAUUACAAGAGAUUUACUUGGCCAAUAACUCAUUUGUAGGCCCAUUUCAUCCUCCAUCACAUCCUAUUCCAAACAUAUAUUCGAUAGACAUAUCCCUAAACAGGUUGCAGGGUCAGAUCCCAUCAAAUAUAACUUCUCUUUUCCCAAAUCUUGAGAGCUUAGAUAUAUCUAAGAAUUCCUUUCAAGGUACCAUCCCUCCAAGUUUGGGUGAGCUAAAGUCCUUAUAUAAUCUAGACCUCUCAAACAAUCAAUUUUCUGGUGAAAUAAAGGAGCAGUUUGCUAAUAGUUCGUUGAAGGUCAUUAACCUCUCAAACAAUCAAUUUUCUGGUGAGAUAAAGGAGCAGUUUGCUAACAGUUCGUUGGAGCACAUUAGCCUCUCAAACAACAAAUUUUCUGGGUGUAUUCCUCCCAUGUUUGACCCAAAAAAUUUGAGAAUUUUACGGCUGGAUGGAAAUAACUUCGUUGGGAAAAUACCUGAUCUCUCAUCAUUGGAAUAUUUGGAAAAUUUGGAUAUUAGCCAUAACUCUUUGUCAGGCAAGUUUCCCAGAUGGGUGGCUAAUAUGUCAACCUUGAGCACGCUAGUUCUGGCCGAUAAUAAAUUUGAAGAGGGUUCUAUUCCGCUAGAAUUCUGCGAACUUCAUCAGCUUCAAUUCUUGGAUCUCUCCAGAAGUAAUUUAUCUGGGUCUUUACCACCUUGUUUCAAUGAAUUAGCAAAUCUAAAGCAUGUCCAUUUGAGAGGAAACAAAUUGAGGGGUCCAAUUCCACAAGCUUUUCUUAAUUGCACUGGUUUGCAGAUUCUAGAUCUUGGAGGUAACAACUUCAACGGACCAAUACCAAAUUGGAUCGGUAACUUCUCGAGUUUGAAUGCUCUCUUUUUGCAAGCGAAUAAUUUACAUGGGGAGAUUCCCAUUGAGUUAUGUCGUUUGCACAAAUUAAACAUGUUGGUUCUUUCUUCCAAUAAUCUAUCUGGAAAUUUACCUGUCUGCUUAAGCAAUUUGUUGUCGACAACAACAGGCUCGCUGUCUUUUUAUUAUGAUCAUUACACAAACAUUUAUGACAGAGAAAUGACUAUUCAACAACCUUAUAAGGUAGAAGAAGUUUUGGAGUUCAGAACAAAGAGCAACUCCCUCAAUUACACGGGAUAUAUCCUUGAUAACAUGUAUGGAAUCGAUCUCUCUUGCAACAAAUUCUCCGGUGAAAUCCCCAUUGAAUUCGGAAACUUAAGCAAUGUCAGGUCGUUAAACUUAUCACACAACAAUAUGACAGGCUUAAUCCCUACAAUGUUUUCGAACUUGAAGCAGCUAGAGAGUCUUGAUCUUUCCUACAAUGACUUACAUGGUCGAAUCCCUACACAAUUGAGUGAGGUAACCUCUUUGGCAGUGUUUAUUGUGGCAUAUAACAACUUAUCAGGCCCAGUUCCGUUGGAAAAUCAAUUUGGGACUUUCAAUGAGACUAGUUAUGAAGGAAAUCCUCUUCUUUGUGGACUCCCAUUAAAUAAGAGCUGCAACGAGACUAAUGUUGAUUCACCAGCUAGAUAUCCCUUUAUUGAGCAAAGCGAGGAUGAUAAUUUCAUGGAAAUUACUGAUUUCUGGAUAAGUUUUGUGGUGGCCUACGCCGUGAUACUAUUGAGUAUGGCAAUAGUCCUGUACAUAAAUCCAUAUUGGCGACCAGUAUGGUUUUACCACAUGCAAGUAUGGAUCGACACUUGCUACUAUUUUGUUGUUGAUAAGUUCCAAUAA